AUGGAGAGAAGGACGCGUCUGCGCAAGUGGGGGUGGGAUCCAUAUUCCGCGAGAAACAGAGAGAACGAGAGAGAUGGCGGAUUCGUGUCACAAGCCUACGUUUAUAUCAUCCAGGCAUAUGAAAAGUUAGUCAGGAACGUGUCAAAGACCGAGGUCAAAGGCGUCGAGGAAAACAACGAUAGGCUGGUUUCGCCACGGCCGCGUCCCCCGUGCCUCUCGAGGGUUGUCUGGUCCCCGUGGCGGGCGCCGGGAAUAAGAACGUGCUCCGGGCAAAGCAGAAGGGGGGGGCGGGUACCGGGCCACCUGGAUUCCGGAGCUGUUGUUUCAAACAAGCAAACGCAUUAG